AUGUUGAAGCCUUUCCAGAUCAGAGACCUCCGGGUAUCUCAAGAGCAGGCCGAACAACCUGAGCAGCCUGCGGAUCCUCGUUCUACUUACUCGGGAGUAGUCCAGAUAUCUGCUGCCGACUACGAUGAUCUAGCAUCAAAUCAUCCCCGUGCAAGGUUGACUUACGUGGAUGAGGAAGAUGAUGACGAAACAAUCACCGUUGGAUCCGCCCUCGAACUCUCCCAGCGCCUUGAAGAACCCAUAGAUACCACUAUUACACAGCUCGGAUCCGCCCAACUUCCUUGUGAUGAUACUCCGAUGCACAUAUUUGACAUUCGUCGAUCAAACUCCGUGACCGAAUUGUGGAAGCGAUUCGAAAGCAAGCACACAGAACAGAAGGGAAACAAUGUGGAAGCUAUUCCCAAGGCCGUUGUCCAUGACGAAGUCCCGGCCGUCAAUACUUCAACUGCACCACUAGCCUCUGAAGAUGAGCCUACGCCUCUCAUGGAAGCAUUUGAGGCCGAGCUAGCAAACAUCCUUCAUGCUGUUAAGUCCUCGGAGAACAAAGCACCUGAGCCUGAUUUGCCACCUACUGCUGAGCCAUCAGCAAGCACAAACUCUAAUCGGGCCACUCAUCCUGUUGAGGUCUUGGCUGCACAGGUUUUGGGUCAGAUAAUCAAUGGGGCUACUAUGGUACAAUCUGAAUGGAGGUCAAAACUUCCGGAGUUACAGCGACAACUACAGAAUGCACAGAGACAAUUUGAGGCUGCACAGAGAUCUUUGCCUGUGAACGUCGAAGCUUCAUUGCGAACACUACUCACUACCAUUGAGGCUCAUCUGAGAACCGCCUUCAAUAAUCUCCCUGAUGGCGGGAGACAGAUGGCAGAGGAUGCAUUCCAAGCAGGACGCCCUGUUGCCGAAAAUGCCGCUGACGGCUUACGUUUGAUGGCCUCUGAGCUCAAUGAGGUUGGCAAAACUCUGUAUGCCGCAUUCGAAAGUGAAUUUGGACGAGCUGGAUCGACAGCUUCUGCUUCGAAUUCGACUGCUGGGCCAUCAAACUCUGGGGCUUCCGUCCCAGUCUUUGAUGCUAAUAUGGGAAAUCAAUCUGCGACUCCCGUGCCUACGUAUCAGACCUCAGAGACGCACCCUUCAAGCACGCCAACGAACGAGAAGUCAACAUCAAGCCAGCCGAGGCCCUCGAGGGUACCCCCUCUUGGCCAAUUCAUGCCCACUGGCCCAAACUAUUGGACACCACCCUCAUGGCGACCGCCCGUUUGGAAUCCAUUCCAAAAUUACAAUGCUCCCUCACCACCCCACCCUCGUUUCCCACCUGCUCCGAUGCCAAGCUUCACUCAAUGGCCUCAAUGGCCGCCUGCACCCACGCCUCCGCCUGCACCUCCCGCACAACCCAAGUCUGAAGCACCGAAAAAAGACUCGGCGACUAAAUCCUUGUUCAUUGGCAAUGUGGGCUUCAAGGUCACGGACAAGAUGAUUCAAGAUGUGUUCGCCUCAAAGGGUUUCCUCGUCACAGUGGAUCUCCCGCUUGAUACAGCAUCAGGAAGACACGCAGGCUUCGGCUACGUUUAUUUCCCAUCAGAAUAUCCGGCUUUUGCUGCUAUGGAAGCAUUACAAGGUGCCAUCAUCGACGGUCACUCGAUAAAUUUGGAACCCAUGGAUCAUCCCCCCAUCGAAAGUGUGCAUUCGCAGAGAUUACUCAACAAUAAACCGGUACAGAAAAGUCAGUCACAAGCUGAGCCAAAUAAUGCUUCGCCACACGGAAAAUCGACAAUUCGCAGAAAGUCUGUCAGCUUCGUAGAUUCGACACAAAAUGUUGAUACCCAAACCCAGAUUGACCCUUCUGCACUACUCGACUCUCCGAGCGAUGAUCCCGCAUUCAGCGCACAGUUUCCCUCGCUUUUGCCCGACACAACCGCGCAGCAUAAUGGUUCAUUGAGUGAUCGAGACAUUCCCUCAAAUUCAAACACAGACGAAGCAACGGGUAUGUUUCGUUUCCCUCCCGUAUCUCAGCGGGAGGCCCAGCUUCUUGCAAACCAGCAGGAGCACCAUGCAGCAAAAUCGACUACAUCUGUUUUGAACCACCAAUCACCAACCACCCCAGAACGCCGUGAGAGACACUCUACUCACAGUCUGUCCCUGCAGCCUACUUCAGAAGCGUCUCUGGCUUCGCUUCCUCUUAGCGCCGAACUUCCAUCUGCUGUUGUUCAUCAGUCUGGUGGCAAACGUGCGGCCAAUCACGAAACGACUGGGUUCAAACCCCAUAGGUCUAAUCAUCGCCAUGCUGCGGGGACUGCUCGUCAUAAUCCUCUCAGGCAUUCCGCAAGCAUGCGUCAUCUUGGGCAUAAAUCACAUGGUACUCCAGAGACAGAUACAUGGGGACGACUUUCUAGGAGAGAACGAAGUGCACCAUCUUUCAACCAACAAAUUCCCGGAAGCUUCCCGGCGGAAGAUACAAUGCAGGCCACGGUCCCUAGUUCAGUUGAUCAUCGGUCUGAUGAUGCUACGAUUGAACAAUGUGUCUCUACUCUUGUCGACUUAGGCUAUGGGACCGAACAAGAGGGUGGACGAUCCAGGAUGUCUGUCUAUGCAGCUGCCGCAAAUGGUGUCCUCAUGGAUGCGAUCGAUAUGAUUGAAGAGGAAAGGAGGGUUUACGAACGACGAGCUUCGCAAUAA